GCCAGAGCACGGUUUCCGCGACUCAGCCGGUGCUCAGCCUAACGGAAGUGGAGGAGCCGGACGUCUUUGUGGGAAGUGAAUUGAAUCACCUUGGCGACCCGCGGGGCGUGCGGCAACGCCCUUUCCGCCGGAAGUGGCUGUCAGCCUCCACGUGCUGUCCCUCCCCCUCCCCCUCCCCCUUUCAGCCCAAUAGCGGCGGCUCAGCUGCUGCCAUGGAGCCCGCCAGUCUGGAGCAGCUCUUACGGGAACUGCUGCUGCCGGACACCGAGCGCAUCCUUCGGGCCACGGAACAGCUCCACAUCGCUCUGCGGGCCCCCGCCGCCUUGCCGGCUCUCUGCGACCUGCUCACCUCGGCAGCCGACCCCCAGAUCCGCCAGUUUGCGGCCGUGCUGACCCGCAGACGAUUGAACACCCGCUGGCGACGGCUGGCGGCGGAGCAACGGGAGAGCCUCAAGUCCCUGAUCUUGACGGCCCUGCAGAGAGAAACAGAGCACUGUGUGAUCCUCAGCUUGGCCCAGCUUUCAGGCACCAUUUUUCGAAAGGAAGGCCUGGAGGCCUGGCCUCAGCUUUUGCAGCUUCUUCAGCACAGUACCCACAGCCCCCACAGCCCAGAGAGAGAGAUGGGGCUUUUGCUGCUGAGUGUGGUGGUGACCUCCUGGCCCGAGGCCUUCCAACCCCACCAUAGGGAGCUUCUUCAGCUUCUGAAUGAGACUCUUGGUGAGGUGGGCUCUCCUGGGCUGCUCUUCUACUCCCUGCGUACUCUGACCACCAUGGCCCCCUACCUCAGCACUGAAGAUGUGCCUCUCGCUCAGAUGUUGGUGCCUAAGCUGAUUGUGGCAGUGCAGACCCUGAUCCCCAUAGACGAGGCAAAGGCCUGUGAGGCCCUUGAGGCUUUGGAUGAACUGUUGGAGUCAGAGGUACCCAUCAUCACUCCCCACCUCUCUAAGGUCCUCACAUUCUGCCUGGAGGUGGCUAGAAAUGUGGCCCUGGGCAAUGCGAUACGUGUACGUAUCCUUUGCUCCCUCACUUUCUUGGUCAAAGUCAAAAGCAAGGCCUUACUAAAGAAUCGUCUCCUGCCACCCUUGCUGCACACCCUUUUCCCCAUUAUGGCUGCUGAGCCCCCACCAGGCCAGUUGGAUCCUGAAGACCAGGAUUCAGAAGAGGAAGAGUGGGAGAUUGAGCUGAUGGGGGAGACUCCCAAGCAUUUUGCUGUACAAGUUGUGGACAUGCUGGCGCUACACCUGCCCCCUGAGAAGCUCUGUCCCCAGUUGAUGCCCAUGCUACAAGAGGCCUUGCGGAAUGAGAGCCCAUACCAGCGCAAGGCUGGACUCCUGGUGCUGGCCGUGCUGUCUGAUGGAGCUGGCGACCACAUCAGGCAGAGACUGCUGCCCCCACUACUGCAGAUCGUGUGUAAGGGCUUAGAGGACCCCUUGCAAGUUGUACACAAUGCUGCGCUGUUUGCCCUGGGCCAGUUCUCAGAAAACCUACAGCCCCAUAUCAGCAGCUAUUCAAAGGAGGUGAUGCCGCUGCUGCUGGCCUACCUGAAGUCGGUGCCUCUCGGACACACUGUUCACCUAGCCAAGGCCUGCUAUGCCCUGGAGAAUUUCGUGGAGAACCUGGGGCCCAAAGUGCAGCCCUACCUUCCGGAGCUUAUGGAAUGCAUGCUGCAUCCCCUGAGGAACCCCAGCAGUCCCCGGGUCAAGGAGCUGGCUGUGAGCGCCCUGGGAGCUAUUGCCACGGCUGCCCAGGCCUCACUGCUGCCCUACUUCCCCGCCAUCAUGGAGCACCUUCGGGAAUUCCUGUUGACAGGCCAUGAGGACCUUCGGCCUGUGCAGAUCCAGAGCCUGGAGACACUGGGGGUUCUGGCACGAGCGGUGGGGGAGCCCAUGAGACCCCUGGCUGAGGAAUGCUGCCAGCUGGGUCUGGGCCUCUGUGACCAGGUAGACGACCCUGACUUGCGGCGCUGCACGUACAGCCUAUUUGCGGCCUUAUCAGGUCUGAUGGGUGAGGGCCUGGCACCCCACUUGGAACGGAUCACCACGCUCAUGCUGUUGUCACUGCGUUCCACUGAGGGCAUUGUGCCUCAGUAUGACGGGAGCAGCUCCUUCCUUCUGUUUGAUGAUGAGAGUGAUGGGGAAGAAGAGGAGGAGCUCAUGGAUGAGGACAUGGAAGAAGAGGAUGACUCAGAGAUCUCAGGGUACAGCAUAGAGAACGCCUUCUUCAAUGAGAAGGAAGAUGCCUGUGCUGCCCUGGGGGAGAUCUCUGUGAACACCAGUGUAGCCUUUCUUCCGUACAUGGAAAGUGUCUUUGAAGAAGUCUUUAAACUGCUGAAGUGCCCUUACCUGAAUGUGCGGAAGGCAGCCCAUGAGGCGCUGGGUCAGUUUUGCUGUGCACUGCACAAGGCCUGUCAAAGCUGCCCCUCGGAACCCAACUCUGCUGCUUUGCAGGCCGCCCUGGCCCGAGUGGUGCCAUCUUACGUGCAGGCAGUGAACGGGGAGCGGGAGCGCCAGGUGGUGAUGGCUGUGCUGGAGGCCCUGACUGGGGUGCUCCGCAGCUGUGGGACCCUCGCACUGCAGCCCCCUGGGCGCCUCGCUGAGCUCUGUAGCAUGCUCAAGGCCGUGCUGCAGAGGAAGACAGCCUGUCAGGAUACUGACGACGAGGAGGAAGAAGAUGAUGAUCAGGCUGAAUACGACGCCAUGUUGCUGGAGCAUGCUGGAGAGGCCAUCCCUGCCCUGGCAGCCGCGGCUGGGGGAGACUCCUUUGCUCCAUUCUUUGCUGGCUUCCUGCCAUUAUUGCUGUGCAAGACAAAACAGGGGUGUACAGUGGCAGAGAAGUCCUUUGCGGUGGGGACCUUGGCAGAGUCCAUUCAGGGCCUGGGUGCUGCCUCAGCCCAGUUUGUGUCUCGACUGCUCCCUGUGUUGUUGAGCACUGCCCGAGAGGCAGACCCUGAGGUGCGAAGCAAUGCCAUCUUUGGGAUGGGCGUUCUGGCAGAGCAUGGGGGCUGCCCUGCCCAGGAACACUUCCCCAAGCUGCUGGGGCUCCUUUUUCCCCUCCUGGCGCGGGAGCGACACGAUCGUGUCCGUGACAACAUCUGUGGGGCACUCGCUCGCCUGCUGAUGGCCAGUCCCAUGAGGAAACCAGAACCUCAGGUGCUGGCUGCCCUACUGCACGCCCUGCCACUAAAGGAAGACUUAGAGGAGUGGGUCACCAUCGGGCGCCUCUUCAGCUUCCUGUACCAGAGCAGCCCUGACCAGGUUAUAGAUGUGGCUCCCGAGCUCUUGCGUAUCUGCAGCCUCAUUCUGGAUGACAACAAGAUCCCACCAGACACCAAGGCCGCACUGUUGCUGCUCCUGACAUUCCUGGCCAAAGAGCAUGCCGACAGCUUCCAAGCAGCUCUGGGCUCACUGCCUGUUGACAAGGCUCAGGAGCUCCAGGCUGUACUGGGCCUCUCCUAGACUGCAGGCUGCAGCCAGGCCAGAGAGAAGGAGCCUGCCCAGGCCUUACCACCACCUCUCAGCCCAGUUCAGUUCUGCCUUACCAAAGAUUCUGGACCUCAUACCCAUUUGGCGCCAGCCCUGCCUACUGCCUUACAGGGCUGUCCCUGAGGCUGGAUCUGUUACAAAUGAGUUAUGACAUCAUAUUGUAAUAAAAGCAGUUUGUUUUCUGCUUGAACAAUA